AUGCCCAAGUUUUAUUGUGACUACUGUGAAACAUACCUCACUCAUGACUCUCCAUCUGUGAGAAAGACACACUACAGUGGUAGGAAACACAAAGAGAAUAUAAAAGACUACUAUCAGAAGUGGAUGGAAGAACAGGCUCAGAGCCUGAUCAACAAGAUAAGUAUGUUUCAUUCUUUUGUUCUAACUGCUGUAUUUCAACAAGGAAAGACACCUCCUACUCCAUUUUCUGCUCCUCCUCCUGUGGGGGCAAUGAUCCUCCCACAUCCUCCCAAUCUCCCAGGUCCUCUUCACUCUGGAAUGAUGCCAGCCCCCCACAUGGGAGGCCCUCCCAUAAUGCCAAUGAUGGGCCUACCUCCUCCUGGGAUGAUGCCUGUGAGACCUGCUCCUGGAAUGAGGCCACCCAUGGGAGGUCACAUGCCAAUGAUGCCUGGGCCUCCAACGAUGGGGCCUCUUGCUUGUCCCAUGAUGGUGCCCACUCAGUCAGGAAUGACUGGACCAGACAGAUAA